ACCAUUUUCAUAUCCAUCAGUCUCACCCACAAACUUAUAUCUCUUACAAUUUUCUUGUAUAUAAAAUUCCACCACCGAAUCAAAAUCAUUCCUAAACACCAUCGAUCUAAUAUGGCCACAAUGAACUCCAGUGUAUUGGCCUGUAACUACGCAGUCUCCGGUGGUCUUGCUUCCCCGGACUUCAACUCAAAGCCUUCCUCCGCCGCACCUACAGCCGUCAGUUACAAGUUGCCGGUCAUCAGGGCUAAGCAGACUGUGAGUUCAUCGUCUGAUUCCAUUGAUCAGUCGCAGCAAGGAAGAAGAGCCGCUCUACUUUGUCUGGGAGCUGCACUCUUCGCCAGUGCCACUUCCUCCGCCAACGCCGGCGUCAUUGACGAUUAUCUUGAGAAGUCUAAAGCUAACAAGGAAUUGAAUGACCAAAAGAGGCUGGCAACAAGUGGUGCAAACUUUGCAAGAGCAUACACAGUUCAGUUUGGAACAUGCACCUUCCCCUACAACUUCACAGGCUGCCAAGAUCUUGCAAAGACAAAGAAAGUGCCAUUCCUAUCGGAAGAUCUAGAGUUGGAGUGCAAAGGGAAAGACAAAUUCAAGUGUGGUUCCAAUGUGUUCUGGAAAUGGUGAUGAGUCUUUUAUGUAAUCCUUGUUUGUAUUUAUGUGUGAAGAACUUCACUCUUUUGCUAUAUCUAUAUCACUUUCUCCCAUUCUUUUCCUUUCA